AUGCCAGAGGUUGAUGCCAUUGUCGUCGGCGCGGGCCUGAGCGGUCUGCAAGCUGCACUGGACCUACAAAAAGCAGGUCGGUCGUUUCUCGUACUCGAGGCUCGCGAUCGCGUCGGAGGUAAGACACGCUCUGUGCAACGGCCAGAUGGCAAAGGUGUCCAGGAGCUGGGUGCUGCAUGGGUUAAUGACACCAACCAAUCACUUGUAUGGAGUUAUUGUCAGCAGUUUGGCUUAACGUCCGUUGUGCAGAACAUCAAUGGCUCCGUUGCAUGCGAAGAUGAGGAGGGGAAUUGCCAUCUGUUUCCGUUUGGGGAGAUGCCUCGAUUCGAAGCACAAGACGUUGAGAACGCCGUUGCGCUCCGCGAUAGCGUCGAGGCAGCCUCAUUGGACCCGGCCACGUUCAAGCAGCCACAGCGCCAACGGCUCGAUGACUUGACAUUCGAGCAGUACUGCCGGACGCUGGGAGCCGGAGAUCUCGCGCUCAAGACCGCCCGACUCUGGACUCGCGGUACUUUGGGUCACGAUCCCAGUGACAUCUCGGCUCUCGCUUUCCUUGAGAUCGCUCGAGGCGGUCUCGGCAUCGUGAAUCUCCGCUACGACGGGAAAGAAGGUGCACAACAUCUCCGUCUCCGUGAGGGUACAUCCGCGAUAGCCACCGGCAUGGCUGCACUUUUGCCGUUGGAUACUGUGAAGCUCGACCACCCAGUCACAUCAGUCACACAACAUAGCUCAGGCGCGUACACCGUCACCACUGAAGCCAAGAAUACCUUCACAGCGCAAAAAGUAAUCCUCACCAUUCCAUCUCCGGCCUACAAAUCCAUGACCUUCACGCCGCCUCUCCACCCCUGGAAACAGUCUUUCACCCAGUCAGCUCGCUACGGGACAUAUGUCAAGUACAUCUGUCUGUUUGAAUCGCCGUGGUGGCGCUCUGUCGGGGCAUGCGGCCUCGUGCAGAGCUUCCGUGGGCCCAUCAACCACUGCCGAGACACCAGCGUCGACAUGGAUGACAACUACGCGCUCACCUGCUUCGUCGCAGCCGGACCAGGACGGCGGUGGUUGGCGCUGAAUGAAGAGGCGAGAAAGAAGGAGCUGUUGGGACAGCUGGGUAGGUUGUUUGGAGUUGAGAAAGAGAGAGUUGAGGCAGAAUUCCAGGGGGCAAUGGUAUCAGAAUGGCAUGAAGACCCGUGGGCGGGUUGGGGAUGUCCUUUCGCAGUGCCACCAUCGAGUGGUAUACUAGGAAUGUGGGAAGAUGGAGAGGCGGUUAAGAGCAAGGGCAAUGAUUUGUACUUCGUGGGAACGGAGUUUGUGGAUGACUGGAGAGGAUAUAUGGAGGGGGCGUUAAGGAGCGGGAAGCGCGGAGCCGAACAGGCGCUGUCGGACUGGGAAGAAGCGAAGCGGUUGUGA